UUUUUUUUUCUUUUUCUUUUUUUGCUUCCUUUCUCCCAUCUCUCCCACUAGUCUCUAGUCCCUGAUCCAGCCUAACGCAGUGAUCAUCAGCACCCCCAUUCUAUCUCACUACUUUAAUCGCUCUUGGCUACCUAGCAUUGAUUGUACUUCACCCUCACAUACCCGUACAGUUUAUCCGACUGCCUAUCACCAACUGUUGUUACACUGCUAUCCUAGGAUUCAAUUCAUUUCAGUUGGUCUCACUCAUUCAUAUACUGAUCCGAUUCCGUUUACACGUCCAUUGUCUUCAACAUGACCCUACCCAAGAGACCAAGUUUGACAUUACAACGAUCCAUUCUACCUACUCACUACAACAUAAAGAUCGUACCCUGUCCAGUCAAUUAUUCAUUCCUCGGCGAAUGCUCCAUUGAAAUAUGUAUUGCUGAACCAACAUUUGGCAUCACCUUGAAUUCAAAAGAGCUCAACAUUCAGACUGCCAAUGCAAGAGACCAUCUCAGAGGAAUCAGUAUCACGGCAACAAGCGUAAGCUAUAAUGUUGAAGAAGAAACCAUCACACUUGAAUUUCCGCAGAUCCUUGAUGUAGGAUCCUCAUGGAUCCUCGACGUCACAUACAUUGGUCUAGUCAACGAUAAACUCAAUGGUUUUUACCGAUCAGUCUAUACAGAUGCAGAUAAUCAUGUCCACCAAUUGACAACGACCCAGUUCCAAUCGACGCACGCAAGGAGAGCUUUUCCUUGUUGGGAUGAGCCUGCUAUCAAGGCAACGUUCUCAUUGACGCUCGUGGCUCCUCAAGGGAUGACGUGUCUAUCGAACAUGAGCAUACAAUCGAGAACAAUUCUUGAAAAUGGGAUGCAGGAAGUCACGUUUAUGAAAACCCCCAUCAUGUCCACCUAUCUGUUAGCCUGGGUGAUUGGCGAUCUUGAUUACAUUGAAGCAUAUGCCUCAAUGAACCCUAGUGGAGAACAGAUUCGUUGUCGUGUCUAUGCCCCUGUUGGGCUUGCUGAUCAAGGUCGCUAUUCUUUAGACCUCGCCAUAAAGUCGCUCGAAUACUUUUCUCGCUUGUUUGAUAUACCUUAUUCGCUACCCAAGCUGGACUUGGUGGCAGUACCUGAUUUCGCGCCAGGAGCGAUGGAAAAUUGGGGAUUAAUUACUUUCCGAACAUAUGCACUUUUAAUCGAAGAAUAUGGCUCCCAAGAUCGUAAACAUGAGAUAGCUGCCACAGUAGUUCAUGAGAUUGCACAUCAGUGGCUCGGCAAUUUGGUUACAAUGGAGUGGUGGUCAGAUCUAUGGUUAUUUGAAGGAUUUGCUACUUAUUUAGCUUACAUCGUUCUGGAUGAAUUGUUUCCAACAUGGGAUAUUUGGUCUGAAUUUGUGAAAAGUAUCCAAGAGGUACUGAAGCACGAUUCUCUUCGUACCUCCCAUCCUGUUGAAGUCGGAGUUGUCAACCCAUCUGAUAUCACACAAAUAUUUGAUGAAGUCAGUUACAUGAAAGGUGCAUCUGUGAUAAGAAUGCUAAGUGCCUGGCUGGGUCAAGACCAGUUCAUGCUUGGUGUUCGAAAGUUCAUCCACAAGUAUAUGUGGAAUAAUGCAAAUACAGAAGACCUUUGGGAAACUUUAGCGGAGGAAUGCAGGGUCGAUGUCCCUUCAUUUAUGAGUAAAUGGACCAGACAGACAGGGUAUCCAGUGCUAUCGGUUAUCGAGAUCGAUGAAACGACUAUUCUAGUACGACAGAGCUUGUUCUUGUCAACAGGAGAUGUUAGGGAAGAGGAAAAUGCUUUAAUUUGGCCCAUCCCUUUGGGAUUAGUAACAGCCAACGACCCAACUCCCCAUAACAUCAUGAUGGACACAAAGGAAAUGGUUUUAAAGGUGGACACGACUCAGUGGUAUAAGUUUAACAUGGAUCAGACUGGAUUCUAUAGAGUCUCGUAUCCUUCCAAAGCUCUUGACCUGUUAGGGCAGGCAUUUGGAACAGGGCAACUGAACACUGCUAAUCGAGCUGGUUUGCUCACCGACGCAGCAGCAUUGGUAGCUAGUGGAAUUGCCCCUACAAGCAGCUUCUUGACCCUACUCAAGUACUUUGAGGAUGAACAGAGCUACAUGGUAUGGACAGAAGUAUCACUUAGACUACAGGAGCUUCUAUCCGUUUGGCUUGAACAGCCAGAACCGAUCAUGGAUGCACUGAAGGAAGUUCAAAGACGUCUGUUCACUAAGAUCGUCAAGCGCUUGGGAUGGGAUUUCCCUGAAGGGGAGGAUCCCUCAACUGGUAACCUUCGAGCGGUCGCCAUUCGUUUUGCGGGACGUGCUGGUGAUCCAGAAAUUGUGGCAGAAGCUAGAAGACGGUUUAAGUCAUUCAUGAAGGAGAAGAAUAUGAGCGCCAUUCCGCCAGACCUCCGGUUCCCUGUAUUUGAAAUUGUCAUGAGGACUACACAAGGCGUAGAAGAAUAUGAGGAUAUCGUCAAUUAUUACCGUGAAACCUUUGUACCUGCAGAAAAGGUGGUUGCGCUCUCAUCCCUUGGUUACGGUAGCACACUAGAACUUGUUCAUAAGACUUUAGCGUUUGCAAUAUCAACAGAAGUUCGAACACAGGAUAUUUUGAGCGCAAUCGCCACGUUAAGAUCAUCUGUCGUUGGUCGCGCAGAACUAUGGAACUUUAUGCGGCAACAUUGGGAUGUCUUGUACGAACGUCAUUGUGACGACAUUGGGUUUCUCGACUACUUUGUUGUGCUAAGUAUCGAGUCAUUUUCGACAAUAGAAAGAUAUCGGGAAGUACAGGCAUUCUUUGCUAAUAAGGACACUAGCGCUUACGAACGUAUCCUAGCAACGUGCCUGGAAGGUAUCCGGAUGAAUAUUCUGUGGUUAGAAAGGGAUUGUAAAGAUGUGGAACAAUGGUUGCGAAGUAAUGGAUAUCUUGCAGAUACCUAUCGACCCAUGGACGGGAAUAGCGCUAAUGGGGCCCACCGAGAGCAACGUUAUCUGGACGGAUCACCAUGUACGAUGAAUAUGAAUGGUAAUUCAUUAAAGGUACUGCCCAGCCAUGAUUCAAGUUUAGGGGCCACCUCUAAUGGUUCAAUCAAUGGUCAUGGAUUUUGUUUGACAUCAAGUACGGUAGGGACAUCACCAUCGGGAGCAUCCUCGGGUUCCUCUUCAUCUCCAAAUGAACAUCAUCAAAUUUCAGGCAGUAUCUACACCUCAGAUGGGCUCCACGUACCUUCUCGAGUAUACAUGAACGGUACAAGCCAAAGUUUAGAAGAACAAGCACAACAGCUACUUCAGCGCCAGCAACACCAGCAACAUCAUGAAUUGAGUCUACAGCAUGAAUAUCAAACUCGUUAUCAGCAACAACAACAGCAGCACCAUCACCAAUACUAUCAGCAACAACUGGCUCAAUCAGCUAUAAGGCAAGGUGCCCUGACUCAUAAUCAUAGUCAUGGUCAUAGCCAUUUCGGACACUCCUUUGAGCCACGUCCCAGAACAUUGGAGCGAGAGAUGGAGUUACUUAGCAUGAGUGGUGACUAUGAGUUUUGAUGCACUUUGUCAAAUACUAAUAAAAUAACGUAAUGAGGUAAA